ACCCUGCAGCGUGUUCUAUGUUCCCGGCGGACUGCUAUUCGGACGUCCAGCUUUAGCGCUGAGUCGGAGCUGUACUUCCGGGCGGUGCUGUCACAAUCUAAUAGCCCCGCCCGGAAAGUGGACACGGAGACACCGGGGAGGCAGUCACUAAGGGGCACACUGUGUAGAAGUCCAAACAGAUACAGGAAACCAGAAAACAUAUGAAAUAUUUAUUUAAACCUCCUACAAGUCACACCCUCCCAUCACACUAAUGGAGUCUCAGAACACAACAAAGCUCAUCUCCCGCAAGAGAAGAAAAGAUGUUGAAGGAUCCAAUGGAACAACAGAUGAAGAAUCGGUGCUUAGAAAGGUUCCCCGAUAUAUGACGGGUGUGUGCGAGCCUGCACCGUUUGCAGAUGAAAUGCUGAUUGACCAUGAAAAGCCAUACACAAGAGUAACAAUGGAGGAAGCAAAAAGGGGAACCCCACCUGACAGACCAGUGAGGGUUUAUGCUGACGGUAUCUUCGACUUGUUCCACUCCGGACAUGCCCGAGCUUUAAUGCAAGCAAAGAAUCUCUUUCCUAACACAUACCUGAUUGUAGGAGUCUGUAGUGAUGAGUUGACACAUAACCUGAAGGGCUUCACAGUGAUGACUGAGGAAGAACGGUAUGAUGCAGUUCAGCACUGUCGCUACGUAGAUGAGGUGGCGAGGAACGCACCAUGGACGCUCACCCCAGAAUUCCUUGAGGAGCACAGGAUUGACUUUGUGGCGCAUGAUGACAUCCCUUACUCAUCUGCAGAUAGUGACGACGUUUACAAGGACAUCAAAGAUGCAGGGAUGUUUGCACCAACCCAGCGCACAGAAGGAAUCUCUACGUCUGACAUUAUUACUAGGAUUGUACGAGAUUACGAUGUCUAUGCUCGCCGAAAUCUUCAGCGUGGCUACACUGCAAAGGAGCUUAAUGUCAGCUUCAUAAAUGAAAAGAAGUACAACCUGCAGGAACGUGUGGAUAAGGUGAAAAAGAGAGUGAAGGAUGUAGAAGAGAAGUCGAAGGAAUUUCUGGAAAAGGUAGAGGUGAAAAGCAUAGACUUGAUCCAGAAAUGGGAGGAGAAGUCCAGGGAAUUCAUUGGAAACUUCCUGGAAAUGUUUGGCCCAGAAGGAGCUUUGAAACACAUGCUGAAGGAAGGCAAGGGAAGAAUGCUUCAGGCCAUCAGUCCUAAACAAAGCCCUAGCAGCAGUCCUUCGCGGGAGCGCUCUCCUUCCCCAUCUUUCCGUUGGCCCUUCUCCAGAUCCUCCCCACCGGCAUCUCCAGGUAGAAGGUCUCGAUCUGCGGCUGCUGCCUACGACAUCAGUGAGGAUGAAGAGGACUAAGUAGCUAUCCUUUCCCUCUUGUGCAAUCCUUCCCACCAGCCGCUGAUUCCAUAUCAUCUGGUCUCCAGGAAAGCAGCCACAAAGAAAGGAGGUUUAACUUGAUGUAAACCCCAUAAACCUGCGCUCACAAUUCUGAAGAGGAUCUAGAGAGCGUGGUGCUGAAUAAGAUGCUCGCUUCUUCCCCACAAAUAACCAUAACAUUUUUGUUGCUUUUUUAAUGAAACCAAUCUGUCUUUUUAAUGAACUAGACGUCCAAAAUGUUUCUUCAUCAUUGAUUUGUUUUCUAUUUUUCCGGGAGGUUUUAUCGCAUGGGAUUGUUGCACCUCAUCAUAACCGCUUUAUUACUUGAACCCUGCACAUCAUUUCUGCUGCGAGCUCCCAUUUCACAGGACUGUAAAUGAUUUUAAUGACGGAGUUGUAGAAACCAGGUGGCACCGAGAAUUUGUCUGUCUUUAUAUGUGUCGGUGUGAAGGCAUUAAUGACAUUUUACUGAGAUAUGGGGGUAGUGACCAGUCACAUACUUUCUAUUUUAAACAUUAAACAUGGAAUUUAGCCAUUUCUCAUUAAA